GUGGCCCAGAGGGUGCAGGCGAGGCGACGUGCUGAGAUCACUGAGAGGAAUGCCACAUCGGACCCCCCUGAGUGCGCCCCAUCUGAAUAGAGGGCGCUGAGUACCACACUGCUCCGCAUGUACGACCAGCAUGAGGACAACUGGGGAUACGAGAGCCUGUACACCAGCAUGGCCUGCGUUGACACUCGGGCUUCGGCCCGGACGCCCCGGCAGCUUCUCUACGGGGACGACGACGAGGACUGCUGCGACGUUGCCUCGCUACCUGAGGCCGUCGGAGCAGGACUCUCCGACAGGACGUUGUCGGAGUAUAGGCUUCCCAAAUGUGACCCAUCUUUGGAGGGUUGGUCUGAGAUGAGCGUGGUCACCAAUGUAGUUCUCAAGAAGCGGAGGAAGCCGGAAAACAAACCCCAGUCGCAGUUGAAGAAGUGCCUUAAUGAGAAGCACCGGCGGGAGCAGGAGAACGUCUACCUGGAGGAACUAGCAGAACUGAUCUCUGCUAGCCUGUCUGACAUGAAUUCCCUGUCCGUCAAGCCAGACAAGUGUGCCAUACUGCAGGAGACGGUCAACCAGAUUCGCCGGAUCAAGCAGCAGGAGGCGAGUGGCGGCGGAGGCCUUGGCGAGCUGCAGCAGAGCGAGGUGUCGUCGAGCAAGCCAACCAUCCUGAACAGUGACGUGCUUGGGCCCUUGCUCCUCGAGGCGCUGGACGGGUUCCUGUUUGUGGUUAAUACCGAGGGGCGCAUCGAGUUUGUGUCGGAAAACGUCUCGUCCUUCCUGCAGUACGGCCAAGGGGAGCUGGACGGCACGAGCAUCUACAACAUUCUGCACCACGGCGACCAUGGCCGCUUUAGCAGCAACAUGCUGCCCAUGUCGCUGGGCGCCAACGGCCUGGGCUGGACCGAGGUUGGAGGCAAGAGCCGCUCGUUUCAGUGCCGCUUCCUUUUGCGCCCACCCGACGCCGAGGACAAGCAGAAUAGUGCGCGCAUCGCCCCCCUCUACGAGAACAUGCUUAUCUCAGCCCUUUACCUGCCCUCCUACCCCAACGGCUCCGGCACGGGAGGCGCAGGCAGCGGCGAUGAAUCCGGCGCAGACUCCGAAGCGCAGAACUGCCUGGUCUGUGUGGCUCGCCGUAUCCCCGCGAACGAGAAGAUUCCAGCCUCUGUAGGUGUGGAGCAGUUCACGACACGUCUUGACCUCAGUGGCAAAAUUCUUGCUGUCGACACCAGUGGUGUGUCGUCGACGUACAGCCAGUACCUCAACAAGUCCCUCGUGGGACGUGUGAUCCAGGAGCUCUGUGAUUCCAGGGAUCUCCACAAGUUGGAUCAGCAUCUUAAAGAAAGGCUGUUUGAGACGAGAAGAGACAGCCCAGAUUAUUGGAACCUGCUGACGCCAGAAGUGGGGGGAACCUCAACAUGUGACAUAGCCCUCCAGCAGGGUCAGCACACGAGCGCCAUUUACCGGCUCCAGGUGACGCCCGACAAGUCUCUGCUGGUGCAGACCAAGAGCAAGCGCUUCAACUGCAACCAGGUCACGAGCGAGCCAGAGUUCCUCAUGGCCACCCACUCCAUCAUCCGGGACAGUGAGGCCCCGUCCCCGGAUGAGCUGUGCAGGGUUCCGACACCAGUCAAUGGAGCACCCUCCUCCUCGUCAUCGGGCCCGGCCCCCAGUGGUAGCGGGGGCACCAGUGGCGGCGUGGUAGGGACGGUGGCAACUAGUGGGACCCCGUCUGUGUCUGUCGCGGGUGGGAGCUCUGCAGCCGCCUUCUUUCACCUGAGCCCCUCGUCUUCGGGAGGCAGCCAGGACUUCAACCUUCUCUCCAUGGAGAUGUUCCCGUCCACCUCCUGGCCCGAGGAGGAAGACCUGUCUUCGGCACACACGCCUAAGGGUGGCAAGAGCAUGGCCGGCGGAGGCGAUGAUGGCGACGACGAUUAUGGCUCCUCAUCCUUGCCACCCCCUGCAUCAACACCAGGGGCUGUGAGUGCGCCCUCGCCCUACACUACAGGGGGCACGACUUCGUCGUCGGAGGACGGUGGGGCGCAGAAGCUGCGCAACCUGCUGACUCAAGGCCUGGGUGGGGGUGGCGGUGGGAACGAGGAGACGGACGCCCCGAGUAGUAGUCGGUCUGAGAACGUCAUCCUUCGAGAGCUCCUCAACCAGGAUGACGAGGAGGAGCGGCCGGAGGGGAACAACAUGCUCAGACGGUUGCUGAAUAGCGAGGACAAUGGGGACAAGAGUUUCCGCAGGUCGCAGGAUCUGCUCAUUCAGCAGCUGCUCAAGGCCGAGUCGCCCGACAAGCCUGAGGGUGCAGAAGAAGGCGGCACCAAGCGCAAGAGCCUCGAGGAUGGGCCGGAGGCUGAUCAGGCACCCAAGCGCCCCAACAUGACAGGCACACGACCGCCGACGAUUGCCCGUGUCAGUUUCCCAAAGACCUUUGCCCAAAGCAUCCACUUCCAGUACCAGCGAUUGCCUUCAGGGAUCAUGCAGGGAGCAAGCGGCAUGUCCCUUAGUCCCGAGAUUAAGGCUCACCUCGCUGGCCAGAACCCGAUGCUGGCAUCGAUGCUGGCGCAGACGCCGCGGCCCGUUCCCUCGGUGCCAACGUCCAUUGCCAACUCAAUCGUGUCGCAGCUGCCCCAAGAGCGGCUGCCCAAAAACCUUGAGAAGAAGCUCAUCCACACGCCGCCGACACCCGGCGGACUGCUGCAGCCGCCGCACCAGCAGCAGCAGCAGCCACAGUCGGUGAUGGUCAAGCAGCCGCAGCCCGGCCGUCCCACUUCCCUGCUUGGUCUGGGCCCACAAGAAUCCAGCACAAUGACGCUUCAGCAGCAGCGUUCCUUUGGUGGUGGUGGUGGCCUCAUCCAGCAGCAGCAGCAACAGCAGCAGGGCUUUCUCAGCAAGAUUCUCAUGAACAGCCCAGACUCGACCAGGCGCGCUGUGCAGCUGUCGCAGCAGUCAUCGCAGGCUUACCUGCCGCACACGACGAGCACGGCAGGGUCCAGCUUUGCCACGACCGCGAGUGGCCCGGGUGCAGUGCUCUCAGAGCUCCUCAACGAUUCGCGCAUCCCGGCCAGCAUUGUGAAUGCAGUCAACUCCUCAUCCGCAGCAUCGCUCUCCGUGGCUGCUGUGGCGGGGGGCGCGUCAGCGGACCAGCUGCUGUCGCAAGUGCUGGAUGAUGUGUGGAGCCUGCAACAGGAGCUGCAGCCGGGUGUGGAGACGACGACAGCCUCGGAGGAGACGGUGCUACUGCGACUGCUCGAGGAAGUCCUGGAUGGUCCGCAGCAGGCGCAGCCCUCGCAGGGACCUCAGGGUGGUCCACAGGGGCAGCCCGACCUGAGCGAAAAGAUGGCCAUCAGUGCCAUCCAGCAACAGCUGAUGAGCUUUGAGUCGCAGCCCCCGCAGCCACAACAGCAGCAGACCUCUCUCUACGCGGGGCCCGGAUCCUCUGCAUCCUACCAGCCAGCUCCUCCUAUGUACAGCACCACGGCUGCUCAGAGGCUGCGGCUAGCCUCCCAACAGCCGCAGCCAGGUCAGCAGCCGCAGCCGCAGCAACAGCAGCAGCAAGGGCUGCGCCAGUAUGCUCCCAGUGUGGCCAGCAUGGCAGCUGUGUCUCCGCAGAUGCGGCGCAACCUUCUGGAGCGCCGGCAGAAAAUGUUCCUGCAGCAGCAGCAGAAGCGUCUGCUGGCUCAGCAGCAACAGCAGCAGCUUACCAUGCAGACGCAGCAGCAGCCUCCCGACACGUUCGGGCCCGAGAGCAUCAACGAGCUGCUGAACCACGGCGUGGCGCCACCCAACAUUGCCAUUCAGCACAGCUACCACCUGAGCCAGGCACAGGGCAGGGACCUGCAGGAGAGAAUGAUGAAGAUAUUCAGACCGAGAGGUGGAAUGUCUGGUGGUGAGGCGCCGCAGCAGCUGUCUCCACGGUUUGGGGGUGUGCUCAGUCCCCCUCAGCAGCAGCCCCAGCAGCUGUCUCCCGGGCAGCGCUACUCGCCCCAGCAGCCGCAGCCACAACAGGGAGGCGGCUUCCCUAGUCCAUACCCGAGUCCCGGCUCCCCUCACUUGGGCUCUCCCGGUGGCGGGGGGGGCAAUGGGCCCCCUCAGUGGUCCCCACGGCCCCAGGCUGCAUCCCUCCAGCAGCAGAACCCCAUGCUCAAUGCCCAGCUCUCACAGGGUAAUUUCGGCGUGCAGCAGCAGCAACAACAACAACAACAGCAACAACAGCAGCAGCAGCAGCAGCAGCAGCAGCAGCAACAGCAACAGCAACAGCAGCAGCAGGCACGCUUCGUGAGCCAGGCACGGCAACCUCAGCCCCAGCAGCAGAUGGCGGGAGGGGGCCUGCGGCCAGCGGCCAGCCCGGGGGCCGGCCUGUCUCGAAACCCGUCGCCUUUUGGGGAGCAGUUCCCUUUUGCUCCAGCCAACCGGGGCGGGCCCUCCCCCGGUCCUCCUUCCCAGCACGGUCGCCUGCAGAGGGCCAUGUCAGUGCCAGCGGCGGCUCGGGUGAACUCUCCUCGAACACCGCAGCCUCAGCCCGGCUUCGGGGGCGACCCACUCCUCUCUCCGCCGGGGCCCCAGAUGUCACCGGGGGGUGCGUACGGGGCCGCGCCUGCAUCGGCAGCGCCCGUCUUUGGUCUGGACGCUUCUCCCCAGUUCAACUUUGAACAGCACCCCCUGCAUGGGUUUGCGUCCGACAGGAGCCGAAUCGGGGGCAGCAUGCCGUCCGAGUAUGUACGCCAGGAACUCAGGGCUAUAGUCGGAGCCCGCACACAGGGACAGCAGCAGCAACAGCAGCAGCAGCAACAACAGCCUCAGCAGCAGCAGGCUCUGCAGCAACAGGGGGGCGGUGUGCGGGGCAGCGGCGGGGGCUCCCUCUCUCACGCAGACCUCGAAGCCCUGGGCCUUCAGCUGGAGCUGGGGGGCGGACCUUCGGAGCCUGGCUCCCCCCUCUUCCCUAUGCUGGCACCCUCAGACACUCCACCAGCGCAGCCUACACCUAGGGUUGACGACAAGCCCAGUAGUGACCAGCGCAAGAGUUUGCUGCAGCAACUGCUCUCGGAGCCCACCUAGGGUCAGCUGCCCGGAGAAGACCCCGUACACCGCCGGCUGCCGACAACUGCUCGGCAUGGCCCAGCCGGCGGAUGAGGGCGUCUCUCCCUCUUGUGUGUGCGCGUGUGUCGUGUGGAUGUGUGCUGUACUGCGAGCACCGGCAAGCUCUCACUCUGCAGUGACGGUGGUGUAGCGGCCAGUGGUGGUGUGGGGAGGAGAAUGUGUCAGCAGGACAGCGACUUUUGUUUGUUGUGGUUGCCGCUGCGAACUGCUCUUUGUCCCCCACUGCAACAACGGCGCCUGCCGGUGGGACACCAGUGUGUGCCGUGGAGCAGUGCCGGAACGCCCCUGGGUGGGAGUGCGGUGUCGUUCUUGUUCUUGUUGUUCCUCCUCCUCCUGUUCCGCCGCCAGUGUGUGUAUGCGUGUGUGUGUGUGUGUAUGUGAUAAAGAAACUGACCAUGGCGGCGGCGGUGUUAUGCGACGUGACUCUCUCUUUCGGAGACCGGAACUGCUGUGGCGAGGAGGAUUGUUCUCGAGCCCACCGCUCCUCCUAUAUUUUUUUUUCUGUACAUAGGUGUAAAGCAACGCCGUGCGUGUGCCCAUCCUCAGCAGUGUGAUGACACAAGACUGCUUUUCUUUAUUUUUGCUGCUGCUGCAAGUGUAGUUUAGGGAACAGUGUUUUUUUAUUGUUUUCCUCUCUUGCUCUCACCACUACACGCAGUGACUGUUAUGGACGACGGUGACUAUGUGGUUUACUCUUUUUUUUCCUUUCCCCUUCUCUUCAUAACUGCACCCAGCCUCACCUUUCUUGCUCCUGCAGUGGCGCUUGUUUACUACUAAGAGUUGUUUUUGUUUGCUCAGCCCUGCUUUUUCAGAGCCAAUUUAUUUGUUUUCUUUAACAUUCUGUUGCCCCUCCCCGCUAAAUGUGUACAGUCUUCUUUGUGUGGGGUUGUUCUCUCACCUUUUUCCUCCCCUCCCCUUUAAUAAGAAAACGUCCCUGUUUUUUGUUAUUGUUGAAUCGCACAUCCUGUGUGCGUUUGGCUGCUCUCUCUCUCUCUCAGUGGAUUCCUCUGCACUUGUGAUUUUCCCGUGCAUGGUGCUUUCCUUAACUCUUGGCAGGUCAUCGGGACAUGUGGCAGAGCUCAUCUGCUUUCUCGGCUGUCCUGCCUUCAACCAGAUUGUGGUGGCAGCAGUCGUGACAUAAAAACAAGCCUUUCUUCCUGCUAAUCUUCGUUGUGUGAGCAAAACAAGCGCAGUCCAUCAUAUUUUCUUAAUAGGCUUGACAUUUCUACAGCACUUUCCCCAUUUCACAGCAACCUUCGUUGUUUCUUUAAAUUUUUUUAAAGGUGGGGUGAAGAGAAGAAAAAAGGGCUUGGUGAACGGAUGGAUGUUGUUUUUGGCUGGCAGUGAGUUGACAUUGAGUAGUAGUGCUGUUGGCAAAGGAUUCUGUGAUGGCAAAGGAAAAAAAAUGCACCUGAGGGAGGAGGUUCUGUGAAGCGCAGCGUUUCGUUUGGCGGAGGCAGGUGUUUCAAGCGAGUCUUUUUUUGUUUCCUUUAUGAAUGAAAGGGUGGGCUGGGAUUUGUUGCAUGGUAGUCGUUCUGUUGUUGUUGCAUUGUUCUUGCAUUGUUCUCACCCGUUUCUCCUUUCCCCGCCUUUUUUUCCCCCCUUCCGUCGCAGCGUCUGCUUUCUUAGUUUAGGACGUGUUUUGCAUUGCCACUUGCUAAUACAAUCUGGCCCACACACACAGUGUUACUAUCACCACCCACAGUUUAAACGUAAUUGCACCCCCUGAGGAAGUGGGGCCGUCUACCUCACUGGCUGCACGUUGAGUGUGGCCUCAUCUCGUGCAGAUUUUUUCUUCCCCUGAUCCUCAUAAUCCUAUCUGUUGUGCCCCACUUCCUCUGGCCUCACAUUUCUUUUCUUUCCUCCUCUAUCAUGCCUCGUGUACAAAUUGCCACAAGAAGGGGGGGCACACCUCAUCUGUUGUCCUCCACUUUCGGCAGAAGAGAUUGAUAGCCAUUUAAUGACUGCAGCGGGUGGUGCAGGGUGCGCGGAUGGGAUUCUUGACGUUUGUAGUUGGUCAUGAGGGUUUGUUUUUUGGUGUAUCCCUUGCCAUGUGCACUGGCUUUGUAGUUCUUAAAAAAAAGUGUGUGUUGACGGAAGCUGCAUGAUGUCUAGCGUAGCUUCCUGUUGUGUAAAUGGUUUUACUGUGUGGGUUCCCAGCUCGGGGGGGAAGAGUGCUUGCUCAUCCAAAUGGCGGAGAAAAAGCUGUUCCUUCUGCGGUGCCGAGUGCAAAUUUGAGUGCCAGGACGGUCGCAGUUUUGACAACCCCGCAUGUGCACGGAGAAUUGCUGCUGUGUUUCAGAUUACGGUGCGAGGUUUUAGUUUGCAGUGUUUGACAGAUGAAAGGAAGCUUGGCUUCCUGCGCAGCACAUGAUGUUGAAUGCGACUAUAGGCGCACCGCUCGACUUGGAGGUACCUACGGGCAUUUUCACUUAAGGGUGCGCAUUGCCGGGAAUGGUUGCGGGAUGACAGAGGGCGCUGGUAGAGUUUGUUUCGCCUUUUUCUUCUCCUCUGCCUGUCUCUAAGUGAUGCUCACUCGCGAGAGGCCCUGCGCUGAUACUCGGCUGCAAACGGGAAGUAGAUAUGCAUGUGGCUACCCCGGCACCCUGCGUACCUUUAUUGCGAACUGGGCGCUUGGAUGUUUUUCAGGCUGCUUGGCAUAACGCUGUGAUGGUUUUCUCAGGCAGGAGUCGCAACUUAAGGGAAAAAAAAAAAAAUACCGGGCAGAUAGCUAGAGUGUAAAAAAAAAAUGAAAAAAGGAAAUGGCGUUGGAUAAUUUUGUCGUGUGCCUUUUUCUCUUAACCAGAAGCACUAUGGUCUGGGUGGGAGAGCCAAGUGAGCCCACCCUCUGUGUUGAAAAAGAGAGAUAUAUAUAUAUAUAGAGAGAGAGAGAAAAAAGGGGGGGCCAGCAAAUGAGUGCUGUGCACGAGGGGUAGUGUUCUGCCGUGCUGUUGUCAGUGGUUGUUUUUCUUUUUCCACUUGCUCUCUCUCUUCCUUCCCUUUCUUUUUCUAGUAAAUAUUAUAUGAAUCAAUAUACAUAAAAAGUAUAUAUAUAUAUAUAUAUAUAUUAGAUACAUAGUCAUUUAUAUAUGUUUACGAAGGGGCAGAGGAGAGGCACUUUUUUGAGGGAAAGGCUUAUAUGAGCGAAACGACGAGAGAAGAGAAAAAAAGAAAGACUUACCAAGCUUAUAUAAUAGUCAUGCUGUGACAAGAGUACAAGUGGUGUCUUUCCUUCACAAGGUUCAGCCCUGACCAAGGUGCUUGUUUUUGUUUUUUCCGGGUGGCUUUUAAUGUAAAUCUCUUCCAGUUGGGCUGUCAUCUAGAUGCAGUUGGUUACUUGGGCGUAGUAGCGUUUUUUGUUACCCUGGGGAUGUGGUAGCGUCUUUGUUGCGGCAUUCUUUCAGAGUGCACAGACAGGAGAGAGAGAGAAAAAAAAUUAUGGGAAAGAGAGAACGAGAAAACUGUCCACAUGCCUGCCUAAACAUUUUUGAGAAGCAGCUCAAAACAAAGAUGUCCGCUGCUGCUGGAGCUAUUUCCUUUUUCUCUACAUCUAGGGCCUUAAAAACGACUGUUACUAUUCUGCUACUGCGUUAAAGAUACUAUAUAGAUAUAUAUAUAUAUAUACAAGCACAAGACAGAGGACAAGACAGAGGAAAUAUAUAUCUAUAUACAUAUAUGUGUGGCCAUUUUGUGUUGCCCACUUGGGACCGAGGGGGAAAAAAGAUGCUAUUUCUCUGCUGGUGUUCUUUGAGACUAAACAGAUUUAAGAGAAAAAAAAUAACUUAGCGUGCAGAGUGUUUUAUUGAUAUUUUUGUAAUUUGUGAUGGGCCUGCAUGACGAGUCUCUCUCUCUCUCCCCUUGGAAUAUCCCUCCUUUUAAAAAGAGUUCUUAGGCUUUGCAUGGCAAGCACUAUUUCUUUUUUUCUACUCCCUUCAUGCUGCAGCUAGGGUUCGUCUCGGCUUCCAUUUUAGCGGCCUUGUUUUGGUAUCUUACGACGUCUUGGUCUCAAUUGGCCUGCUUUUUUGGCUUUAGAGUGUAUAACUGGUACGUGGGCAGGAUUGGCCCAUAUGGCCAGCCCGCCACUGGUGAGCUUUAAGGGCGUUCAGUAAAAUAAAACUUGGAAAAAAAACUGCAUGCGAGAGCGAUAGUGGUCUUGCAGUUCCCGGUUAUGUUUUAGGUGUGUUGUCUCGUUCACCUGUACUGCCCACUCUUAAAACUGCCACCGUUUGCCGUGACAGCUGUGCCGACCCCUUUUUUAAUGUGCGAAUAGUGUGCAGACACUGAAAACGAUGCGCUUGCCAGACUACUUAGUCUCUGAAGCCAGUGUUGUGCUUAGGAAAUUUUUUUUUUUUUUAAGCUGUGUUUAAGGGAGUUGGCGCUGUGCAUUGUGACAGCCGUACGGUGUGGCACACUGCAAAAUUGUCCGCAAUGUGAGCGUGCCGAGAAAGCUGCGCGCGCUCGGCUGGUGGUUGUGGAUUUUGGUUAAAAUAAUCUCAGGACCUUGUUUGAAUGUCAACAAAAUGAAAAGGAUCACUCCCCCGCCCCCCCCCCCCCCCCCCCCCCCACACUUUUCUUUUGUACAGCGCUGUCUGAAGAUUGCCUGCGUAGGUCUCCGCUGUUACCACUGAUCUCGAUUGUCAUUGUCUUUGUUUGCCGAGCGUUCCUUGGCUUGAAGCUGCUGUGAUGUCGCUGAUUAUUGCGAACAGAGUUUCGGAGAAAGUGCAGUCGUUGGGGCCAUAUGUUUAUGCCAGGCUUGAUGCAGCUGUCACCGCUGCGUUUGGCUCUGCAGUUGUUGCAAUGAAUUGCAGCUUUGUUGAUGUGGCAGUUCAUAGUUUCUCUUCUGUCAUCGUUGUCCGUUAACCUCAGUUCAAUUUGUGUCCACCUUCUUCAAAUGCAUUACGUUAUGCAGUGAUGGUUCAACCAUCAUUAUUGUAAUGGUUGGCUUGGACUAUGAGUUGGAGUGCUAGAAGCAUGUUCAAGGUUAGGUUGAGCCACAUCAGGUUUGAAUAUAAAGUGACAUGUCUGCUGAGAUUGUUUUCAAAUCUCCCACCAAGUCUGAAGUAGUCAUGGCUGCAGCGUGGCAUAAACAAUUCUGCCCUCGUGCAUGGACUGGUGUAGUACUGGCAGAAGGCAGCGGCAACACGUCUCCCGGGCAGGGCUCUCGAUCUCGUGCAUCGAUGUGUUCGGGCUUACGUGUGCACACAAACGAGUGAUGACAGCUGACACAUGCACAGUGGCAUUAACUGUUCCACGUCUCUGUUGUGGUUUUGCACCUAAUGCAACAGGUGGGCCUUACUUGUCUGUUGCAGAUAAACCAGCUCGUUGGUCGAUUAACGUUUUAAGAGCGAGGCGGUUUGUUCAGAACUCGACAUGUCGCAUUGCGGCAACCUUGGGUGCAAAUGGUGCUGCUCUACUUAAGGUACGCACUUUUCGUCUGGCUGUUCCUUGGCACUGUGCCCAGGCUGUGUUCUCCUGCAAUGCUUUGCGUAGUUUUCAUUUGCGCACAUUUCUCUGGGCACGUAGUAGGAAGGUUUAGCUCAAUCACUGUUAUCCAUCAUUCAUGAGAAUUGCACUGGUUAGUCAAUGCGCGGAUUCACGCAGGCCGUGUUUCCAGGGGCUAGUGGAUGGAGGGAAGUGGAGCAGACGUUGCAUGUGGUCGUGGUGCCCGAGAGGUGCGGUGGAAUUGUCAGAUGAGUGUGGCCGCUGUCUACUGCCGUUACGUGAAGGACGUGUUGAACGCAUCUACUUUAAUUUCAUUUUGCCAGGAUGCUAUAUACAUAGUGGUCAUGCCUGCUUUUGUUGCUGCGAUUGUUUGCAAGGCCAUUGUGUCCAUUUUUAAAUAACUCCCGCCGCGUGCACACAUGUUUUAGCGCUGUACGAGAAGGUUGUUCUGUUUUUCCUCCAUGCGUGCAUGUAUUUUUCUGCCCCUCGUGUACAGUGAUGAUGGCGAUGUUCGCCGCCUUCCCCUUUCCCCUCUCCCCACCUGCCAAGGCUGUGUUUAUCUCCUCCCCGUGUGUGCAUGUGCGCGUUGAACUUUUUGGCCAGCACGAUGUGAGGGGCGUCUAUUAGUCUCUUAACCUUAAAAGAAAUAAUGUUGUAUUAUACUUGUCUUUAUCGUUGAAGAGGCAAAAAAAAAGCAGAAGCAUUGUGUAGUAUACGGAAAGAAAAAAAAAGAUAGUGUUCUUGAUUUGUGGCAAUGCACUGUGAGUUUUUUGUUGUAUACAAAAUAAUAUACUAUUAAACAGCAUGUAACAAAUUACAUGUGAAAGCAAGAAAGUGAUC